AUGAAACUCGUUCUCUUCUCAGGCUUAUUCUCAGCCUUCCUAGCAUCCGCUCAACUCACAGGUCCCGUCGGCCCCCUCACAGCCCUCUCCCAAAAAACCCACGAGUGCAACAUUCUCGACUACGGCGCCGUCAAUGACAACUCCACUGACACCGCAGACGCUAUUGAGAAGACUUUCAAGACCUGCGUCCUCCCAAACACUGGAAGUCGUCUUAUCAUCCCCGAUGGACAGUACCUGAUCAAACGCUCAGUCGUUCUUUCAAACGGCACAAACUGGGCGUUGCAGCUCGAUGGGCUCAUCACUUUGGCUUAUGGUGGGAACUGGACUGUUGAUCGUAAGUUGGUAUUGCAGGGCUUUGCGGGUGUUGAGCUGCUGAACGAGACUAUCAAUGGUGAAGGUGAUGGGCAAUUCUUGCAGAAUGGACUUACCAUUAUAAAUCCUGUCGACUUUGAGUUCUAUUCACAGAAUGGGAAGGGCGCCAUUCAAGGCCAAGGAUACAUCUACAGAAACCUGGCAAACACUUUCCGUCCUCGGCUUGUCAGAAUAAUUUCACCGAUCAACACUUCUGUGCACGAUCUUAUCCUCGUCGACAGUCCCAAGUUUCACAUCGUCUUUGACUUUGCUGAGAACCUCGAGGUAUAUCAUCUAACCAUCCGAGGGGCCAACCUCGGUUCCUAUGAUGGCGUUGACGUGGUGGGCACCAAUUAUUGGAUCCACGACAUCGAGGUUACAAACCGAGACGAAUGCGUGUCAGUGAAAAGCCCCUCUAACCAUGCUCUUAUCGAGAAUUUGGUUUGUAACCAAGCUGGGUCUGGUAUCUCGAUUGGCAGUCUCAACGUGUCUGCAUCCAUCGCUAAUAUCCAUGCACGCAACAUCAACAUCAUCCAGGGAAAUAAUAUUGCUUUCAUCAAGACUUACCCAGGCGGGUCUGGCUACCUCACCAACAUCACCUUUGAGAAUUUCCGAUCCAAGGCUUCUCUCUAUGGCUUGGACGUCAACCAGUAUUGGCAGAAUACCUUUGAGCCUGACACCGGAGCUGUGGCUUUGAGUAACCUUGUUUUUAAGAACUUCUCCGGAUCUGUCGCCGAUGGUUCUAAGCGACCUCCUCUUUUUCUGGUGGCCAAUGAUCUAUCAUUCGCCACCAACGUCACGGUCGAAGACUUUAGUAUCUGGACUGAAUCGGGGACAUCAGUCGUGAACAAGAUUAGCAACAUCUUUGGCCAUGGCGAUAAUUCAUAUGGAGAGGCGAAUGGCAUCAAAUCACUUUCGUCUGGCCAGGCAACUACUGCGUACACGAGCAGUUACACUGUCACCGCUACUCCUACUGGCUGGACAACUCCAUCGUUACCUACGUGGGCUGCGGCAAGCACUGGUUAUGGAACUGAUGUCCCUAUUCCAGUCUACACGCCAGCUGCUCUGUGGAAGCCGAGCGGUGACUAUGAUAAACAUUACUGGGGCAGCUUUUGA